AUGGGAAAUUAGUGUUGUGGGAACUAAGAUCAUAACCUUGGACCAGAAAAAAACUAUAAAAGUGCCGCACUAAAGUCAAUCACAACUCAGAAGUCAAUUAUUGCUCCUUAGACAAAAGAUGCUGCACCUAGAAAGUAGAGCAAUAAGAAAACAGACUGGGAUUUCUAGCAUAAUGAUAUUUACAAGAUAGCUGAGAAGAAGUGGCAAGAUAAACUUGAUGACCUUGAAUACACAUAUGAAUUGGAAUUUGAAGGGGGCAUGAAAUACAAGGGAUAUCUUAAAGACGGAGUUAGACAUGGUCCAGGAAGCUAGCUCUGGGCUAAUAACGCCGAGUAUCAUGGAGAAUGGCUUGAAGGCUUUGCUCAUGGAUAUGGUCAGUUAAAGCAUGCAGACGGAGAUGUGUAUCUUGGUGAUUGGGUAAAGGAUAAGGCAGAAGGGCAAGGCAGAUAUGCUCACACCGAUGGUGCUACUUAUGAAGGCUCCUGGAUUGGUGACCAACAACAUGGAUUCGGAGUAGAAACUUGGAGUGAUGGAGCUGUUUAUAAAGGACAAUAUUAAUAGGGAAAGAAACAUGGGCAUGGCUUGUUCAACUGGGCAGAUGGUUCAGUCUAUGAUGGCGAUUUCAGUGAUAAUAACAUCCAUGGUAAGGGAGAGUACAAAUGGGCUGAUGGAAGAGUCUAUUUAGGUGCUUGGUAGAACAAUAAAAUGCAAGGAAGCGGCAAAUUUACCUGGGAUGACGGAAGAUACUAUGAAGGAGAUUAUAAUGACGAUAAAAAGGAGGGUUUCGGAAAGUUCGUUUGGCCUGAUAAAAGAUCUUACGAGGGAUCUUGGCUGAAUGGAAAGUAACACGGUGAAGGAUUUUAUACAACAUCUGAGGGAACUGUUAAAAAGGGAAUUUGGGCAGAUGGAAAGCGUAUUAAGUGGAUUGAAUACGAUGUCCCUAGUAAAUGA